GGCCAUUGCUAAAAAGAAGGGCAAGUUUUCGAGUUCGACAAGCCGGAGGAGCUUCAUACAGUGGUAGCUAACGAAGAUUAUAUAACUUAGAAAGUGUUGCAAUAUAUUGGUCAGUUCAAUUUUGUUUUAAGAAAUCAUAACUUUUAUAAUACGACUAAUCUUGGCUGAUGGAAACUGUUGCCUUAAGGCAAUUGCUUAAAAAUCUCUGCAUUAGUUCUCAAUGGAGCUAUGCUGUGUUUUGGAAGCUUCAACAAGUAGAAAACUACAAGGUAUUGACCUGUGAAGAUGUGUAUUGCGACUCCGAUAGGUCGUUACAGCAACCAUGUCUAUCAAGCAAUCCUAAUAACUCAUCAAGUCAAGAAGACAUACAAAGUUUUGGAUAUGAAGCAAUAAACAUUUGUGAUGGUGUACAAUCCUUGGGAGUAGGAUAUCCUAUUGAAUUUGCAGUUGCUGAUAUGUCAUGUUGUCAAUAUUUGCUAGGAGAGGGGAUGGUGGGAAGAGUGGCAUUCGCAGAGAGUGAUUUCUGGAUCUAUUCAGAUGACAUUCAAUCAAUUCAGCUCAAUUCCAACUUAGGGCCGGGGUGA